UACAUCCUCAAAUUAGUGUUCUACUCCUGUCCCCAGAUUCAUAUAAUGUAUUCUCCCCCGUCCUCCUGUUUACAGCUACAAAUUCAAUUAUUGUGUUUACUUUCCUGUCCAUCCUGGCUUGUGCCCAAAUGUAGUACAUCCCUAAUUAAUGCCUUACUUUUUGUACCAGAGGAAGUGCUUCCCAUCUCCAAUGCAAUUAGUGCCUUUCUUGCCAAAUGUUCCCUAAUCCAAUCAAGGCAUCCCCUCCAUUAUCAUCCAAAAUGUCCCUAAACUCAAUCAAGGCAUUCCCUCCAUUAUCAUCCUGCUAAUGACCCCCCUCCAUCUCUCAUCC